AUGCCUGGUCUACCAUGUCCAAAUGGACAAUGCACCAACCUACCACAGCAACCACAAAACGUAACGCCAAGUACCCCUGCGACUGGGGUAACAGAUCCAUCAACGGGUGGUGAAGGUGGUACUCCAAAUCCAACCGAGAUACCCCUCGGGAAUCCUGCUGGUCCUCCUAACAACGUGAACCGCCCUUGUCGCCGUUACGACUUACAAUGCGUCCGCUACUUCUUCAAGGACCACUCCCACUGCAAGAAGCCACUGGGGAAAGUCCCUGAACCUUACUUGCAUCCCCUUUCCAACACGUUCUUCCCAGCUUUCAACACUACGCUGACUACUGUGAACGGUUACUAUACUGGAUUCAAUACGGGAAGGGUACAGGACCUCUAUGUUAACAGACAAACAGACAAGGUUGUCGUCACUAUAGAGUUCACCAACUUGACGGUGAAAUCCAGAGACACAUUCCUGAGGUACCACAGGAGGGCCAGGGAACCGAUCAUCACCUAUGGAUACACCGUGAUACAAUACCCGUCCAUCUUCCUGACCGUGACAAUACCCCAAGUGAACGACCUUCUGUUUGAGAAGUCGGACAACUUCGCCUACGCUAACGCAAUACCUAAUGUUGAUAUGGACCCUAGAUUGGGAGAGAGCUCAGAUCCAGUGGUGCCGAACACUUUUGCCUUCAUGAGGGCCAAUUUGGCAACUUUCGCCACCGAAGCUCUGCUCACACAGUCUCAGUUCUUUUCGACGGUCUUCAUACAAAAAGUUAUCUGCGAUUUUGGCAUAAAGCUUGCUUUGGCUUGAUAUUGUUCCAAUACAAUUUCAACAAGUUAAUUGU